GCAAAAAACAUCUCGAUAAAUAGGAUCUCUAGAAGGCAGCAUCUUUGAAACCCAACUUCUUCCUAGAUAUAAUCUCUAAGAAGCAAAUAUGUCACAAACUACACCUACCCAAAACGUGGAAAAUAGCUUGAUCGGAGCAUUGGAGAUUGAUUUCGAUCAGUAUAUCAGAGAACGCCACCAAGACUGUAAAUCUUGGAAUGGGGCUAUUACAGGAACUCUCUCAAACAGAAUCGAUAAAUGCGAGAUGGCGAUCGAACGGAUAGACAAAGAGAUCGAUUUCUGCGAUGAGAGAACUUCUUUUAUUGAAACCGACAGGCUCUCAGCACCUGAAUAUCAGUCCUGGCUCCUAGAGAAUUACGAACAACUCUUAACCCUCCUGUAUGCAAUGAGAGCGUGGUUCCGGCAGUUCCAAGAUGAUUACGAAGCCAUACAUCACGCACUGAGCACUCGCGAUGUCAUGACUGCUGAGGAAAUUCAGCGAGAUCUAGACGAACCAUCUGAGUUUGGCUUUCCAACUGAAGAUACAAUUCAGUCAGAACUGAAAGACAAUGAUGAAGAUGGAAGAGGAUCGGGAUUUGAAGAUGAUCUCAAGCAAUUUUGACUUGUGGGGAUAAAAUCAUAUCUAAGAUAUGUACCGAGCCACAAGUUUCCACUUCUAAGAGGUAACUACUGUCAAGGAUGAGAAUGUCUGCCAACCAAUUCAGAGCGGUAGAUUGUGAAGAGCAUCAAUGAUAGCGGGAGGAUAACGGGGAGUUUCUCAUAGAAAUCUUA